CGUCUUGACCCAAACCCUAGUCCUAUUCUCCAUCCCCAUUUUCUCUCUCCUCUGUUCUCCAUCUCCAUCAAUGGCGUCGCGAAGGUUCAUACACUCUUUCGUUCGUUCUCUUCGUCGAUCUUCAAGACCGUCUCUCUCUUCUCCCAGACCUUCCUCUUACCAACGUCCUUCAUCUCGCGGCUACCUUCUCAACAGAGUCGCUGAUUUUGCUACAUCUUCUGCGGCUGCUCCCCAGCCUUCUUCUUCUCCGGCUAAAUCUGGAAGUGCUGGUUCUGGAAAGAUUACCGAUGAUUUCACCGGCAAAGGUGCAAUUGGAAAGGUCUGUCAAGUUAUUGGUGCUGUUGUGGAUGUUCGAUUUGAUGAGGGUCUGCCCCCGAUCUUGACAGCUCUUGAGGUCCUUGACAAUCAAAAUCGAUUAGUUCUUGAGGUCGCUCAACAUUUGGGAGAAAGUAUGGUUAGAACUAUUGCUAUGGAUGGUACUGAAGGUCUUGUUCGUGGUCAACCCGUUUUGAAUACUGGAUCUCCCAUUACUAUUCCUGUUGGAAGAGCUACCCUUGGUCGUAUUAUGAAUGUUAUUGGAGAGCCAAUUGAUGAAAGGGGAGAAUUUAAGACCGACCACUAUCUUCCUAUUCACAGAGAGGCACCUGCAUUUGUUGAACAAGCAACCGAACAGCAGAUCCUUGUUACUGGAAUUAAGGUUGUUGAUCUUCUAGCUCCGUAUCAAAGAGGAGGAAAGAUUGGGCUGUUUGGAGGUGCUGGUGUCGGUAAAACUGUGCUUAUUAUGGAACUGAUUAACAAUGUUGCCAAAGCUCAUGGUGGUUUCUCUGUGUUCGCUGGAGUUGGUGAGCGUACUCGUGAGGGUAAUGACUUAUACAGAGAAAUGGUUGAGAGUGGUGUCAUCAAGCUAGGUGACCAACAGGCUGACAGCAAAUGUGCCCUUGUGUACGGUCAAAUGAAUGAGCCUCCAGGUGCUCGUGCCCGUGUUGGACUUACUGGAUUGACAGUUGCUGAGCACUUCCGUGAUGCUGAGGGACAAGAUGUGCUGCUCUUUAUUGACAACAUUUUCCGCUUUACCCAAGCCAACUCAGAGGUGUCUGCUUUACUUGGACGUAUUCCUUCUGCUGUUGGUUACCAACCAACCUUGGCUACUGACCUUGGAGGUCUCCAAGAGCGUAUUACAACUACCAAGAAGGGUUCCAUUACUUCUGUCCAGGCUAUUUAUGUGCCUGCUGAUGACUUGACUGAUCCUGCUCCUGCCACAACUUUUGCUCACUUGGAUGCCACGACUGUGUUGUCCCGACAGAUUUCUGAGCUUGGUAUCUACCCUGCUGUCGACCCUCUUGAUUCUACAUCUCGUAUGCUUUCACCUCACAUCUUGGGAGAAGAGCAUUACAACACUGCUCGUGGAGUGCAGAAGGUUCUUCAGAACUACAAGAAUCUUCAGGAUAUUAUUGCCAUUUUGGGUAUGGAUGAAUUGAGUGAAGAUGACAAAUUGACUGUUGCUCGUGCUCGUAAGAUUCAGAGAUUCUUAAGUCAGCCCUUCCACGUUGCUGAAGUCUUCACGGGUGCUCCUGGAAAGUAUGUGGAAUUGAAGGAAAGCAUUACUAGUUUCCAGGGUGUCUUGGACGGUAAAUACGAUGACCUUUCUGAGCAGUCUUUCUACAUGGUUGGAGGAAUUGAAGAGGUUAUUGCCAAGGCUGAGAAGAUUGCUAAGGAAUCUGCAGCUUAAGGUCUCUGAGAUUAUCUGUUUUAUUUUUUGACUUCUCCUUUGGCCUUUGGCCAUGAUAAUUGCGAAAAUAAUUUGUAAUUGACAAUGGCUUUACCAGCUCCCAGAGUUUAGAAGGAAUUUUUUGGGAAGCCAAACAUAUGAACAAAGGUUUUUCCAUUGUCCUUUUUUUUUUUUUUUUUUUUUUUUUUUUUUUUUUAUCUUUGAUGUUCAAGUGUGAUGAUGAUGCUCUAUCGAAGCAGAUCAGAGUGCGCUAGCCUGCUAGUACAAUUCCCUUUCACCCCUCAGCUCCCUUUCAUUGAAUAAUGGGAGCAUAAGACAAGGUCACAUAACACAUGUAUAUUUAUGUUUUUCCUUGAUUUAUCCAGAUUUUAUCACAAUUCCAUUUCUUCA